AUGCUGGAAAAAUGGGUCAUCUUGCUGUUUUCGGUUCUAACGGUACUGCCAAACACGAGAGCCGAGACGCCAGAAGAUCGCUGCUUGGAGCCGGUCGAUCAGGGACCUUGUCAGGACUUUCAGAUAAAAUGGUUCUGGGAUGAGGCGGACGGCCAGUGCAAAGAGUUCCACUAUGGCGGGUGUCUGGGCACGAAAAAUCGAUUUACCACAAAGCAGGAGUGCCUGAAAAUGUGCCGCUACAAGCUGUUCAACCCGGUGGCCGUGCCCGAUUUAUGCCUUCUCGAGGUGGACCACGGCCAUUGUCCCGACGACCGGAAAGGGCAGUGGUGG